AUGGAAACCAGAGACAGAAAGGAACUCCUUCUGGAACAAAGGCAAGUCCUGAUAUUCUUUGUCUUGCUGGGCAUGGCUCUGGCUGGUUUUGAGAGUAGGCGCUAUUCGGUGGCUGAGGAAAUGGAGAGUGGCUUUUUUGUGGCCAAUUUAUUAAAAGACUUGGGGCUGGAAGUAGAUGAACUGAUUGUGCGGGGUCCCCAGAUUGUGUCCAAAGGGAAAAAACUGAGUUUACAGUUUGAUAGGCAGACAGGGGAUUUAUUUUUAAAUGAGAAGCUGGACCGAGAGGAGUUAUGUGGUUCUACAGAGCCCUGUGUAUUGCCUUUCCAGGUGUUAUUGGAAAAUCCCUUGCAGUUUUUUCAGGCUGAGCUACAGAUUAGGGACAUAAAUGAUCAUUUUCCAGUCUUCCUAGACAAAGAAAUAUUUUUGAAAAUUUCAGAAAGUACCACACCCGGAACCACUUUCCUAAUAGAACGUGCCCAGGACUUAGAUGUAGGAAGCAAUAGUCUCCAAAAUUACACAAUCAGCCCCAAUUUCUACUUUCAUCUUACAAUACAAGACAGUGCUGAUGGCAUAUUACCACAGCUGGUGUUGGACAAAGCACUGGAUCGAGAGGAACAGCCUGAGCUCAGGUUAACUCUUACAGCGCUGGAUGGCGGUACUCCACCAAGGUCUGGUACUGCCCUGGUCCGCAUUGAAAUCUUGGACAUCAAUGACAAUGCCCCUGAGUUUACAAAAGUACUCUAUGAGGUGCAGGUUCCAGAAAACAGCCCCAUUGGAUACCACGUUGCUACUGUCUCUGCCAGGGAUUUAGAUAUUGGAGUUUAUGGACAAAUAUCUUAUGCAUUUUUCCAAGCCUCUGAAGAUAUUCGCAAAACCUUUCAAAUAAAUGCAAAAUCGGGAGAACUCCUUUUAACACAAAAGCUGGAUUUUGAAUCAGUUCAGACUUACACUAUAAAUAUUCAGGCAACAGAUGGUGGGGGACUUUCUGCAAGUUCUGUGGUUCUUAUCCAAGUGAUAGACUUGAAUGACAACCCUCCAGAACUGACCAUGUCCACACUUAUCAAUCAAAUACCAGAAAACUUGCAGGAAACCAUAAUUGCCAUAUUCAGUGUUUCAGAUUCUGACUCUGGAGACAACGGAAGAAUAGUGUGCUCUAUCCCAGAUGAUCUUCCUUUCUUCCUGAAACCUUCUGUAGAGAACUUUUACACUCUGGUGACAAACACAGCCCUGGACAGGGAGACCAGGCCUGAGUAUAAUGUCACCAUCACUGUUAGUGACAUGGGGACACCCAGGCUGAAAACUGAGCACAGCAUAAUAAUCCUCGUUUCUGACGUCAAUGACAAUGCCCCUGCUUUCUCCCAAAUGUCAUACACGCUGUUGGUGCACGAGAACAACCAGCCUGCUCUGCACAUAGGCAGUGUCAACGCCACAGACAGAGACUCAGGCACCAAUGCCCAGAUCACCUACUCGCUUCUGCCAACCCAGGACCCACACCUGCCCCUCGCCUCGCUGGUCUCUAUCAACGCAGACAAUGGGCAGCUGUUUGCGCUGAGGGCGCUGGACUUCGAGGCCCUGCAGGCGUUCGAGUUCCACGUGGGUGCCACAGACCACGGUUCGCCCGCGCUCAGCAGCCAGGCGCUGGUGCGCGUGGUGGUGCUGGACGACAACGACAACUCGCCCUUCGUGCUGUACCCGCUGCAGAAUGCCUCUGCGCCCUGCACCGAGCUGGUGCCCAGGGCGGCAGAGCAGGGCUACCUGGUCACCAAAGUGGUGGCGGUGGAUGGAGACUCGGGCCAGAACGCCUGGCUGUCAUACCAGCUGCUCAAGGCCACGGAGCCCGGGCUGUUUGGCGUGUGGGCGCACAAUGGCGAGGUGCGCACCGCCAGGCUGCUGAGCGAGCGCGACGCGGCCAGGCACAGGCUGGUGGUGCUGGUCAAGGACAAUGGCGAGCCUCCGCUGUCUGCCAGCGUCACGCUGCACGUGCUGCUGGUGGAUGGCUUCUCCCAGCCCUACCUGCCGCUCCCGGAAGUGGCGCCCGAGCGCGCGCAGGAGGACUUGCUCACUGUCUACUUGGUCAUCGCCUUGGCCUCGGUGUCGUCGCUCUUCCUCUUCUCUGUGCUGGUGUUCGUGGCGGUGAGGCUGUGCAGGAGGCGCAGGGCGGUGCCGCUGGGUGUCUGUUCUAUUCCUGAGGGCCACUUUCCGGGUCACCUGGUGGAUGUUAGUGGCACGGGUACCCUGUCUCAGAGCUACCAAUAUGAAGUGUGUCUGAUGGGAGGCUCAGGGACUAGUGACUUCCUGAGUCCAAUUAUCCCCACUAGUGUGAUUCAAGACCCUUAG